AUGGUACUGGUGGAAAUGUUACUAGAUCAUGUGCAGAAGUUCUGCAAAGUUAAUCAUGGUAGAGACGAUUGUUUCUGGGCCAUGGAUGAAGAAGCAGGUUUCUCCGUUAAAGCUUGCGCCGAAGAAUUUAGGAAAAGAGGUACGGUAGUGGGGCUGCAGUCUGAUGUUUUAAGCAAACUGGGUUUUAUGUGGAAGCUCAAAGUACCCUCUAAAGUUAGUAUUUUUGCUUGGAGGUAUAUUUUGGGAAGGUUACCAACAAGAGAUCAAUUGAACAAUAGACGUAUUUUGGUAGGAGACAGGGAUUGUUGUUACGCUUUCUAUUUCAACGCUAUGGAGAAUUCCAAUCAUCUCUUCGUGUCGUGCCCUUUUACUAGUAGAAUUUUGAUUAAAGUAGGAGAUUGGUUGGGAAAUUUGGUCACAUUGACGAAUGUUGAGUUAAGGAGUUAUGUGGAUCACUUCGAUAAAAUUAAGGCGAUAGAUGAAAGAUUAACUGUAGAAGUUAUUUGGUUAGCGGUUUUGUGGAACUUGUGGAUGAUGAGAAAUGCCAUUUUGUUCAAUAGUUAUAUUUUUAACUUUGACGAAUGCUAUAGUGCUAUUGUACUCGUUUCUUGGAAGUGGUUUCGAUUAGUUAAUGUUUCUUCUACGGCUUAUAAUUUUCAUUUUUUGAACACUUUACCUCUAUCUUGUAUAAAGAGGUAA